AUGGCUGGAGGCCGUGCCGCUAGCAGACACGUCCACCUAAUCCUGCUCCAGGACGCUCAUCGCAAACUGGAUCGCCAGAUUCGGACUUCCAGCAGUCAUCACCUCCGACGGAGGGGCACAGUUCACGUCAGGUCCCGAUUGAUAUUGAAUAUUUUUGAAUGUCAAAGACUCCACAAACAAUCAGUAACAGUGACAGCUUUGGCGAUCAGUCAGGUCCAGGGUGGAGCUUCCUCAGCUGUCAAAGCCAUUCUGUCAGUGCAGCCUGUCACUGAUACUGAUAGGCCCUGUGCUGGAUCUUACCUAUCCCAACAGGGGGCUGCAUCCAGAACCAUGCUGUCUGCCAGCAGUAGGCAGCCAGCAAUCUCAAGGCAGUUGAAAGUAAAACAAUACUGCCAGCUAAUUGCACCACUUCAUCUGGUGGUUGUUAUUGAUCUUGACCACAUUAAUAUCAGUGCUCUCCACAUCUUCGGUCAGUUCAGCCUUGCAGCCCAGGCAUUCUGUCAUGAAAAGAAAUCUGAAUCUCCAAUAGCACUACCACUGGGUGCAAAUUCCUGGCACCAGCCCCCUGAGGCGACGCUCCUCCACCAGCCCUGCAGACCCGGCGGCCGAGUGGCUUGCGGAAGCCCCGCCCACCGGGCCACCCGGCGUCAGCCGACCGAUGCAUCGAUUGCUCGGCUGUGCGCUCGGCGUCGGGUUGGGGUUGGGAGCGGUUGUGGUGGAGGGAUGUCGGGUCGUCGCGCUCUCCUGAGCUCGUCCGGGGUUUAUCGAGUUCUGACUCGCUCUGCUUUCACUGCAAGGAAACCUGACUACACAAAUCCAAAUUGGCUACGAGUUGGCCUGGCAUUUGGCAGUACAAUAGCACUGUGGACUCUGCUCUUCAAGCAACAUGAUCAGGAUGUUCAAGCAUACAAAGCACAUCAUGGAAUCCAAUAAUUGACUGUCUACCCACUUACAAUGAUUCAUGGAAAUUAAAGGAGUGCAUUAGAGAUACAACAGAGUCAAUGAAAUAAAUCAGCAGGAAGAGGAUGCAAACUGCUCAACAAACAAAGCAACCUGAAUGGUGAUUCAUUCUGGAUUAAGCGAAGAAAGUCUGUUUGUUUUUGCUUCACACAUGAUCAACAUUAAAAUAAGUUAUGUAAAAUGGCGAUGAAGCCCUGUGUUGUGAAAUGAAAUGUUCCUGUGGUAAAUAAAUGCAAUAGAAGAUCUAA